AUGGAUUUGCUGAAUAUCACCGACUAUUCCAUCAGAUCAAUAGAAGACCAUCCCGACUAUCCCGCUAUAUUAGUUGUCAUGUGCAUGCUAAGUAUUUUUAGUGUAGCUGGAACAGUUGGAAAUGCUUUCGUCAUAUACGUGUUCUCGAAACAACGUGAUAAGUCUACAUCGACCAUGUUUAUCAUAACCUUAGCUGCUACCGACUUCUUCACGUGUCUUUGUAUUGUUCCCCAUACUAUAGUGUGGGAAUACUUCAGUAAGCGGAUUCAGUUUGACGCUAUUUGUAAACUCUACCACUUUCUUAUCACAUCUAAUGUCCCCUUUUCCUUCUUUAUCAUGGUAGCAAUCGCCUUCGACCGGUAUUUUAAGAUUUGCCUACCAUGGACUCACUCAAUGGAUCCACCAAUUGCGAAGCGUGUUAUAGCUGGCCUGCUGGUGUUCGCAUUGUCCCUUGGUAUCAUACCAUCCUUUUCAUAUGAAAUUUAUCAGCAAAGAGAUGUCAUGAAUACAUCAUCACACACCGUGAAUGGAUAUUCUGUAGUAAGCAAUAUGUCACUGACAACUACACCUUUAAUCAAUUAUUCGUCGUACGAGUCAACGAAAGAUGGGGAAUUAAAAGAUAAAAACGAUAAACCGCCAGAGUAUUAUUAUGGGAUGUGUGUUGCUUCAGAACGAUAUAUUAGUACGGAAGUAAGAAUGUUUUAUCAGAAGAUAUACGCCUCUUUAUUCCUGAUUGCUUCCAUACUGGUCGCCAUUCUCUACGGACUAAUUUUGAAAUCAUUGAUAUCCAGAAGAGCUAAGAAAUUACAAAAUUCAUUAUCAAACGGUAACACAACAAAAUCGCAGACAUCUACUGCUAGUCAGACAUGCAUCAGUAGUUCCCGCUUUGUUACCAAUGAAGAACAGAGGACGACAGUUGACAAUUCAAAUGAAUCGCUUAUGCCUCAGAAAAAAAAUUAUCAGUCCAGCAGAGACAGGGAGAGAGAAAAGAUAAGGAACGUGAGGGAGAAACAAAGGAUAGCAAACAUUAAAACAGCGGGAAUACUCUUUAUUGUCACAGCUGUUUUUAUUGCAGCUUUUCUACCUGCGUGGUUAAUGGCUGUGCGCAUGAUCCCGGCCGAUAUGAUUCUCUUCUAUAUGUACUUCAGCUACAACGUGGCAAAUCCUAUUAUUUACGCCUUUUUCAACCGCGCUUUUAGAGUUGAGAUGAAGAAUGUGAUACACUGCAAGAAGUCUACUUCAUUUUAA